AUGAACUGCUUCGAAGCAAUAGCAACUAAAGAACAUAAAGCAAUACAUCAGGCUCAAUUGGGUUUCCAUCGAGGUGACACUAUACUUGUAUUUGAAACUGCACCAACUGGAUGGUGGCGUGGAGAGAUCUACGGCAAGAAGGGACUAUUCCCUCAAUCAUACGUAACAUGGAACAAAGAGCUCUAUGGUGAAGAUCCACUUGGCACAUCAACCUCAUCACUCCAACAACAAUCACAAUCACAAUCACAACAACAAUCACAAUCACCAAAGAUAAGCUUAUCUCCACCUUUACAAUCAACAACUCAACCACCGACAACAACAACAUCGACAACAACUCAAAUACCUCAAGUGAAUGUCGUUCAGAAACAAAGACCAAAGUCAACAGAGAUUGAUAAUAUAGAUGAUGCAUUCGAGGAGAUUGAUCGUAUAAUACAAUCGACUUCGCCACAUUCAAUAUCCCCUCCCGAGAUGUCACCAGCCGGAGCAAAGAAGAAGCCAACAACGACAAUGGCCCCACCACCCACGACGACCAGACAACAAUAUAACACAAUGUCUGGUCAGCACUUGUCUUCAUCCUCGCCGCCAUUGUUAAAGAUACCGCCAACCACCGCCAACAGCACGUCCACCAACGACUCUUUGAAAAAGUCACCAAGACUAAACAUAAACAAGGAGCAGAUGCUACAUAGUGAGCAGCCCGGCGAUGUAAAGUUCCACUCGAGGAAGGUGUCGGGACCGUCGGGCCCAGUCGAAGAGACAGACUCAAACAAGGAGUUCAACCAUGGUGCCAGCGCAUCUGACUUGUCAUCGCGCAUCCAUCAUCAUCCAACCAGCGCCAUCGAUGCCGCGGGCAAUGACGAGGCCACCAAGUACAGGACCCUGCCUAGCUCCACCGGAUCAUCCAACAAGCCUCGCAAGCCACUGUCCAAUAUCACCCGCGCCACGGGCAGGAUCAGCAUCAACGAUGUGAACCUGGAGCAGCCGACGUACAUCACCAAGGUGGUCGAGGCAUAUGGUCGCCUGGCCUACGAAGAGCUGUCGCUCAACGUCGACGACCUGGUCGUGGUGUACAACGCCAAGGACAUCAAUGGCGAAUGGUGGGUUGGCAAGCUGAAGAACAACUACGGCAUCUUCCCCAAGCGAUGCGUCGAGAUCAUAAAGGACAUCAGUGCGACCUUCAGACAGUCGCCACAAUCCACCUCUAGCAACAACAGUAGCAGCAGCAACAGUCUGAGGAGCACGCCAGAGAGAAUGUCGCCGGCACACACUCGUCGUCCAUUCUCCAUCCAUCUAAGCAGUGGUGAUCUAUCCAGUUCAUUAUCUCAAAUGCAACAACAACAGCAACAACAACUACAGCCACCAUCUCCCAAGUCCACAACACCAAGUGCAUCGCCAAGAUCACCGUCGGUGGCAUCCGAGGAGGCAGCCAUUGCCGAGAAGAUCAAGGCAUCAUUCUCUUUGUUCAACAGCAAGGAGGAGAUGCUCGAUGCCAUGGGGGCGCUGGCCAUCAAGUUCGUCAGACAGACCAACCUUCUAAAGCAAGAGCUGGAGCAAGAGAGAACACUGCGUGCAGCCUUUGAGAAAGAGUUGAUUGCAGUGAAGAAGAACCAAUCUUCUUCUUCUGAU